AUGUUUGAAAGUCCAGCAAGAAAGAUCAUCCGACACGAAGGUAUCGCCUUUCUUGCAGAGUUUCUUGGUACAUUUGGCUUCCUGUUUAUGGCCUAUAUGGUUGCACAGAUUGCAUUGACACCGGAUCCUGCUGUGCAGACAUCUGCCACUGAGAUCAACCAUGCAAAAUUGCUCAUGGUGUCUUUCGGCUUUGGCAUUGCGCUCAUGUCAAACAUCUUUAUCUGGUUCAGGGUCAGUGGUGCAGCAUUUAAUCCGGCCGUCAGUCUUGGUCUUGCCGUGAUGGGUGCCAUUACCCCUGGUCGAGCUCUUAUCAGCACCGUUGCUCAAUGCCUAGGCGGCAUUAUUGCAGCGCUUGUUGUGGAUUCUCUGACCGUAGGUCCAUUGCUCGUUGCCAAUGGACUUACUCAAACCGUCAAUUCAGUCACGUCUACCACACAAGGUCUCUUUAUCGAAGCGCUUGGUACAUGUCAGCUCAUGCUCACCAUCUUCUUCAUGGCUGGCGAACACCACAAGGCAACGCCCAUGGCCCCGCUUGCAAUCGGCCUUGCGCUCGUUGGUAUCCAUCUGGAAGCCGUCAACUAUACAGGCUGUGGCGUCAAUCCAGCUCGCUUUCUUGGCCCAGCCAUCGUGACGAGCACCUUUCCACACUCAUGGUGGGUCUAUCUCGUUGGUCCAAUUCUCGGCAGUCUUGCUGCAUGUGCCAUCUAUGCUUUUGUGAAAUGGGCUGGCUAUGAAGAUCUGAAUCCUGGGCAAGAUGCUACUGAAGGUCCAGAUGCUGACUACAUUGCCCCUAUCUCGCCAAGCGGGUCUCGUCCUUACUAA